CCUAGAUGCCAGGCCUAGAUUUCAGAGUCGCCUUCACUGACAGCAGGAGUCGCAGGAGAACACCAGGACACUCCGGGGGCGGGAAAUGGAGUCAGUGAGCUUUGAGGAUGUGGCUGUGAAGUUCACGCAGGAGGAGUGGGCUGUGCUGGAUCCAUCCCAGAAGAAGCUAUACAGAGAUGUGAUGCAGGACACCCUGAGGAACCUGGCCACUUUAGGAAACAAGUCGGGCAAACAGAAGGCUAUAAAUGAGUAUGGAAAACUAUGGAGAAAACUAAGCAGCCACCUGGCGGAGAAAUUCAGUGACUAUAAUGAAAGUGAUCAGUGUGCAGAAACCUUCAGCUGCAACCCAGGGCACUCUGGGAGCCUGAAAUCUUGUCCAGGACUUGCUAGAUUUGAAAAGAAUGUCUGUGAAGAAGGUAGAAUUGGCCAUUCAUCUCUGGGUGUGCCAUUGAACCUUCUGGUAGAACCUUAUGAAGACCAGGAACAUGGACAGCCACUGUAUAAACAUAAGGAGUUUGGGAGCAGCUCCAAUUCUCUGUCCCUUCAGAUGCAUAAAAGCACUCACACUGGAGAGAAACCUUCCAAAAAUAAGGGCUUUGAAGAAGACAUUCCUGGUGUCAGAUCUGGCCAAAUGUAUGAACAAAAUGACUAUUCAAAGAAGACUUACGUGCACAAGCCAUGUGGGAGAGGCUUCACGCAUCCCAGUCCCUUACAAAGGCACGAGAAGAGUCGCAGUGUUGAGCCCUAUGUAUGUGAACUGUGUGGGAAAGGCUUUGCUCGGUUUGGUAACCUUUUAAGGCAUCAGAGAACUGACGCAGGUGAGAAGCUUUUUCUGCCUGAUCAUUAUGCAAGAGCUCUCCCUCGUUCUGCUUGCCUUAGAAGAAAAAUGAGUAUUCGCAAUGGCGAGAAACCCUAUGUGUGUGAACAGUGUGGGAAAACUUUUCUUGAUUCUACUUACUUUAGAGUACACAGGAGGAUUCACACUGGUGUGAAACCCUAUGUCUGUAAGCAGUGUGGGAAGGCCUUCACUGCUUCUCGUUACCUCAAAUCACAUGAACUAACUCACACUCGGGAAAAGUCGUAUGUGUGUGAGCACUGUGGGAGUGCCUUCACGUUUUGGUAUCAGUUUCAAAAGCACAAGGUUACUCACAGUGGAGUGAAUCCUUACGUUUGUAAGCAGUGUGGAAAAGGUUUUCCUUAUUCCAGUUCCCUCAAAACACAUGAGAGAAUUCACACUGGUCAGAAGCCCUAUGUGUGUAAGCACUGUGGGAAAACCUUUGGUAGUUCCGGUAACCUUAAAAGACAUGGAAGUACUCACACUGGUGAGAGACUCUACAUUUGCAAGCAGUGCGGGAAGUCCUUCAAUAAUCACAGCUCCUUUCAGUUCCACAAUCGAAUGCAUGCUGGAGAGAAUCCCUACAAGUGUAAGCAGUGUGGGAAGGAUUUAGCUUCUUCUUCCUCCCUUCAGAGCCACGAAAGGAAUCACUCUGGAGAGAAGCCCUAUCCGUGUUUGCAAUGUGGGAAAGCUUUCAGUUCUGACAGCUCUCUUCGGAAACAUAAAAUAAUGCAUAGUGAAGAAAAACCCUAUGUAUGUAAGCACUGCGGGAAAUCUUUUCGUCGCUUUUUUGAGGUUCGGGUACAUGAGCGAAUCCACAGUAGCGAGAGACCCUAUGAAUGUGAGACAUGUGGGAGAGGCUUUUUGAGUUCAACUCAUUUACGAAGGCAUGUACCAAUUCAUAGUAGAACAGAAAAGGAUGCUAGUAAAUAAUAUGAGAAACUCUGUGGUAGUUCUCACUAUGUCAAACUGCAUGAAGUAGAUUAUUGCUAGCAAUGUGGGGAAGUGUCGAAUUUGAGAGACGGUAUACUUUUGAAUCUAUGAAAUUCUCUUCUAAUAUAUGGGAGCAGACACUGGAGAAAUGCUUCAAGUCACGUGAUAAAAUCUUCAGAGUUGUUUUCAUUGUGGAAAAGAUGUGAAAUAGCUCACACUGGAGAAAAACCUUAUGCAAGCCAUGUGGAAAGCCCUUCGUUCUUAGGGGGCCUUCAAGAGACAUUGUAGUUGUCAUUUAGCGAGAAAUCCUUCAUAUAUAAUGUGGUGAUUUGAAUAAGAAUGCUCCAAAUAUGCUUAUAUAUUUGAAUGCUUUGUAACCAGGGAGUGGAGUUGUUUUGAAAGGGUUAUAAGAAUUAGAAGGUGUGGCCUUUUUUUGGAACUUUUCGGAGGUGUGAGGUGUAAGACUAGGGGAUGGGCUUUGAGGUUUCAAAAGCCUGUGCCAGAUCCAGUUACUCGUUCUUUGUGUCUGUUUUUGUGGAUCAGGAUGUAGCUCUCAAUGACUGCUUAAGUUCCCAGACCUGAUGCCAGUGGUCUGCAUCUCUGAAACUGUAAGCAAGCCCCCAAUUAAAUGCCUUCUCUUAUAA